AUGAAGAUGAGGAGCUUCUCCUCCUUUUACUUCCUUCUGUGGUUGCUGUUCACAGCAGUGAUACUCAAAGCUGUAGAAUCGGCCAAAGGAAAGUAUGCUCACAUGUUGUUUAACGAACUGUUUGAAGACUACUCCAAUGCUCUAAGACCAGUGGAAGACACAGAUAAAGUCCUGAAUGUCACCCUUCAGAUCACGUUGUCCCAAAUUAAAGACAUGGAUGAAAGGAACCAAAUUUUGUCAGCUUACUUAUGGAUUCGACAAAGCUGGUACGAUGCGUACCUCAGAUGGGACAAAGAUAAAUAUGAUGGGUUGGAUUCUAUCAGGAUUCCAAGCAAUUUGGUGUGGAGACCAGAUAUCGUCCUAUAUAACAAGGCUGAUGAUGACUUCUCAGAACCAGUAAACACUAAUGUAGUGCUGAGAUACGAUGGAAAAAUCACUUGGGAUGCACCUGCUAUCACAAAGAGCUCAUGUGUAGUGGAUGUGUCUUAUUUUCCUUUUGACAGCCAGCAGUGCAACCUUACCUUUGGGUCCUGGACCUAUAAUGGUAAUCAGGUAGACAUCAUCAAUUCUCUUGAUAGUGGUGACCUCUCUGACUUCAUAGAGGACGUGGAAUGGGAGAUUCAUGGUAUGCCAGCAGUUAAGAAUGUUAUCACUUAUGGCUGCUGCUCUGAACCUUAUCCAGAUGUGACCUUCACGCUGAUUUUGAAAAGGAAGUCCUCUUUCUACAUAUUUAAUCUGUUGCUUCCUUGCGUUUUGAUCUCUUUCCUGGCCCCUCUGGGAUUCUACCUCCCUGCAGACUCUGGUGAGAAAGUGUCUCUGGGUGUCACAGUUCUUCUUGCUCUGACUGUGUUCCAGCUGAUGGUUGCAGAGAUCAUGCCCCCAUCUGAAAAUGUACCUUUGAUAGGAAAGUACUACAUAGCAACGAUGACCAUGAUCACAGCUUCCACUGCACUCACAAUCAUUAUAAUGAAUCUCCAUCAUUGUGGCUCAGAAGCAAAGCCUGUUCCACAAUGGGCCAAGGUGGUUAUUUUGGACUAUAUGUCAAAAAUCUUCUUUGUUUAUGAUGUGGGGGAAAAUUGCACAAGUCCAAAAAGAGAGAAGGAAGAAGAACGUAUGUUAGAGGGAGAUGAUGGGUGUCAGAGGAGGCACAAAGAGGUAAGGAAUGAUGACUGYAAUCUCAAAGAGAAGCUCAAUGGGAAUUGGAAUAAAAGCUAUGGAGUUCACGGUGAAAAUGUUAGGGAGACUGCUAAUUGCUGUUCUUGUUACAAAAUGCUGAUUAAAAAUAUCGAGUAUAUUGCUAAUUGUGUUAGAGAUCAUAAAGCAAACAGGGCCAAAGGAAUUGAAUGGAAAAAAGUUGCAAAAGUGAUGGACAGGUUUUUCAUGUGGAUUUUCUUCAUCAUGGUGUUUUUUAUGAGUGUGCUGAUCAUUGGGAAAGCUGCUUAAAAGAAAAUAAAUAUGUUCCUUUUGUAA